UAGGAUCCGGACCCCUUGAAGAAACGAAAAAAAGGAAAGCCUAAAAGAGAGCGAGCGACGGAGGGGGGAGCAAAGUUAGGCUGGGAGAAGGUCCACGGAACACCAGCAGUGGCCGCGAAAACAAAUCGCGACUCUUUCUCCUCCGUGUCUCUUCUUUUCCUCCUUCCGCUUCGGCCGUCUCUUCUUCCUUCUUCCGCCGUCGACCUCGAUCUCCGGCGCCCCUCCGCUGCGCAAUUCUCUCCGUCCGACGUCGCCGGAGCACGAGCAAGUGAAAGGGCGCGAGAAUCCGGAGGGAACAACGAAAGGAAAAGGGAAAAGACGCGGGAGGUUAGAGAUGAUCACGAGAUCGAAUCUAGCGGAGCAGUUGAGGGAGUACCAGAUUCGAUCCAAGCAUGAUUGGGCCUCCGUUUCCUUCUUCUCCUCCACUUCGAAUAGUUUCAGUCACUCGAGGGUUGAUGUUGUCAUAUUCGUCAUAUGGGAACUCGUCGUUCUAGCCUUCCUGGUCUUCUCAGCCGUAUCUUUAUACUUUAGGCACAUGCGACUUGCCUUCAUCUUAGUCUGCAUCACGUUAAUAUUGGUGCUAUGCAUGAAAGUGACGAAGCAAGUUAGGCUAGCAAGGAAGAAGAAACGAAGAAUGCUUCUGCCUCUAUCCAUGUAAAAGGGCAAAACAAAAGUAGUAACUCCUUUUGUUCUGGGAGUUUUAGUUAUGCAGAGCUUGUAAACUGCUGGUGUUCGCUUCCCAGCAAUCUCUCUGUCUAGGUUUGUUGGUGGAUUCUACACAGAUUUUACCUGAAAGCAAAAGACAAGCCGGUGAACUCAACAAACGCCGAUUCUCAGAGUAACUCGUCAUGGAAAUUUUGCGACCAUUGCUUUAUUCGAGGUACUUUUUUCUUUCAUGGUGCUCAGGGUUUAACAUUUAAUGGCUGCAUCUCUCGAAAGUUUGCAAGUAGUAGUAGACAUACUUGAAGGGAGGGACGAAUUCUACAGAGAGAUCAAUAUUCUUCACUGAACGGAUGUGUAAUUCUGCUCGGGGCAAUUUUUAUGUUUCUUUACAAGAAUUGAUGUACAACUACUGUAAAGAGAAAUGCUCAAGGCGCAGAAUGUGGGGUUUCAAGUUUUCACCAUGAAUACAAUUGGGGAAAUGGUUGUGCUUUACUUCCCCUUUCUUUACCUCGAGCUAGCAAUAAGACUAUGGUUGUGCUUACUUCUUUUACAUUGAGUUAGCAAAGACUGUAACUACUCUCUCUAGGGUUUGAAGAAAUGGACUCCAAUACCCUUCGUGACGAUAAUCCAAAUGGCCGCGGUCACCACAAGCACACUGAGAACCAUCCCAGAGACGCCCAGAAUCCAGUUCAAACACCAGCUCCUGCUGUAUCUGCCUGGCUUCUUCAUCACAAUCCACAUGAAACACGGAUACGCCAAGGUGAGCGGCAGGGCAAUCCCUCCGAUCAGCCCGGCCAGGCUUGGCAGGAAUGGGAGAGCCACCGCGAUGAAGCAGGUCAGGCACCCGAAUAACAGUCUGAGCGCUGAACGAAGCCACUGUGGGCAUGGCUUGUUCAUCUUGCUGGUGUAUCUUAGCUCGAGGUUGUCAAAUGUCGGCAUCGCGUAGAUCUGGAAGGAGCUGACGCAGUUGAUCACGACCAGCAAACUUGCUGAACCGAGUAUCAACUUGGAUGUGUCCCGCCCGUGGUAUUUGUACAAAGCUUGCAACAUUGCUCCGGUUCCCUCUGGGAUCUUCCCAACCAAAACAGAUACGGUCCCCAUAAGCCCAAUAGCCAGCAAUAGCAAGGGGAAACAAGCAGAGGCCUAUGAUCAAGUAAGCAAUCUGAACUCCUCUCCACAUUGGCUCCCUCGACGGCGUUUUCGCGCUCGACGGCAUCGUGCCCUUCAGAAAGAAACGAAGCAAUUUAGUCCCUUGGCUUACUGUAAACUAAUCAUCAAUCUUACUGAACUUUAUAUAGUUGUACCUGUAUUUCGAGGACGAGAUUAUGGCCUCUGAAAGCCAGAGCCACGAUCCCAACGCCAUUAAGAACACCACAAAUCCGAUCGAUAACUCCGUCGCUCCCUCUCGAAACAGCUACAUGAUGAUGAUCAUCAAUAGCCACCCUGCCUUGGACUACUGUCGCAGCCCAUAUCAAUGUGCAGUAGCUAACGGCGGUGAUCGCUCCGACGAGGGAAACUCUGGCUACAGAGUUCAAGUUGGGGAGAAACAGAGCUAGAAGAACGGCCGUGAAAGUGAAGACCAUGUACCACUCUAUCGUGGUCAGCGAGCCAACGCCGACGAUGUUGCAGAUGAUGUGGAAGAACGUUCUCAUGGCGCCGCCGCCGAUCAUGAUCAAGGUCACGCAGGUUCCUCCUGAUAGGUACAUUACGGGGAAGAGGGCCAGCAGCUUCCCAAACUUCUCACCGAAAGCAGCCAUCGAUAAUCCGAGGUACCUGCUGUAUCGUGCCCCAGACUCCGAUUCGUGCAGCUGGAUCAACAGCCACAUGGUGUAGAGUUGCCACACGAAAACAACGCACAGACACGAGAUCCCCCAUGUCCAGCCGAGGGAUGAGAAGGCGAGAGGAAGGAGGAGGGCCUGGAACCCGAGCCCCGAGCUAAGCGCGUGAAACGCUGCGUAGAAGGCGUUGCCGUCUCUUGACUCUGUGAUCGGAAGCCAUGGCUCUUGUGCAGCGAGCUUGUUGCCGGCCGCUGCUUCUAAGGUGUAAAAAGACUGCACGUUGGAGAUUACAGAAGCUAUGGGGCUUUUUGAAGAAAUAGUGUUCAUUUCCAAAGCUACCUCAUCUCCCAUGUUUCUGCUUGUGGAAUGGAAAUUGUAGUUUUGGAGCUUGGCUGUAGGUCGUGAUGAGAGUUGGCUAUAGUAUUUAUAGGAGGGGUGGUUUUUUGUUUUAUUAAGUAGGUUGAUUAGAAUUGAUUAAUAAUAAGUUAUUACUUUGAAUUCUUGGAUUAUGUUGUUGGUAAUAACUUAAAUAAGUUAAGUGCAGGCUGAGUAGGUAAGGUUUGAGCAUGCAAUGCAUGGGGUCACAAGGGUUUGUUGAGUUGAGUGGGAGGAAAAGUUGGUCAAUAUAUAAUGUUAAACGGCC